AUGCGUGCAGUCAUCCAAAAAUUAGAAAGAAAAGUGAUUCCCAAAAUAUCCAUACUGGGUGGAGGUGGAGGCGGUGGCGGUGACAUAUAUGGUGGUGGUUGUGGAAACGAUGAUAGUGGUUGUGGUGGUGAAAGUGGUCGUAACAGAAGGGGUGGAGGUGGACGUGGUGAUUUUUGCGAAGGUGGUGACGAAACAGGUGGUGGAGAUGGUGAUGGUUGCAGAGGUGAUAGGGGUGGAAAAGAUGGUAGAGGCGUGGUGGUGGUAGCUAUGGUGACGAUGAAGAGGUGUGGUGGUGGUUGGGGUGACGUUGAAGGUGGUGGUAUUGGUGGUGAAACCGAGAGAGAUGGUCAAGGUUGUGUUCGCAUAAAGGAUGGUGAUGGACUAGUGGUAAUGAUGGUGGUUGCAAUGAAAGAGGUGGUGGUGGUAGUGAUGAAGGAGGUGAUAGUGGUGGAGAAGGGGGUAGUAAGAUACCAUUUUGUUUAA